AUGUUGAGUUUGUUUAUGCCGGUGGCGUCUCUGCUGUUCCUCAGUCAGCCGAAGUAUAAAAGCCGCAGCUUUUUCUUUACAAUACAUUCCAUUCAAAUGAAGUUCCUUAGUCUGAGUUUUUUGCUCGCUGUGGCGAUUCUGCUGUUCGCUAUGAGUGCCAAGCAGACGCAGGCUGAUUGCCUUUCUCAGCGCUACAGAGGUCCUUGUGCUGUUUGGGAUAAUGAGACUUGUAGGCGUGUUUGUAAAGAGGAGAGCCGCCCAAGUGGAUAUUGUACUGCAACUCUGAGAUGCAAGUGUGAAGGCUGCUAGCGCUUUAAUAUAAUUGCAAUAAAAUCUUCAAACAUAUUGUCUUUA